AUGCACUGCCACGAGAACACACUGAUUAUCCCGCUCAUUAUCGCUCUGUGGCUUAGUACUGAUGCUACUAUCCAAGUCGUGCUGCAUGGUCGCUCCCCCAGCAUUCUGGCAACCUUCGUCAUCGUGCUUAUGUGCGGUGGUUCUCUGCUAUGCUUGCGCCAAGCCACGGCCUGUCAUUUCAUGCAGGUGGGGCAUGCCAAAUCCUUGCGAUUCAUCAAGGAGGCCACCUACUCGUUCCGUGGGAACUCGGAGCUGCAGCAGAGAAGGCAGUUCUUGGAGACCAUGGCGACACGCAUCGAGGGCGGUUGGGACUACCAAAUCAAGCUGCUGUUCCUGCCUAUGAACCCCAGCUUCCAGAAGACCGUGCUGGGCUAUGUUGCAAUCCAAGCUGCUGCCGUGAUAGCGCGGCUGGGGAUGUUUAACAAUUCGUAG